AUGGAGUCUAAUAAACAAUCACGUAAAAUACAAUUAUAUACAAAAGAAUUUUAUGCAACAUGUACCUUAGGUGGUAUAAUUGCGUGUGGUCCAACACAUUCUUCAAUCACCCCAUUAGAUCUUGUAAAGUGUAGGCUACAAGUCAAUCCGAAAUUAUACUCUUCAAAUUUAGAUGGGUUCCGUAAAAUCAUUGCCAAUGAAGGCUGGAAAAAAGUGUACACUGGGUUUGGCGCUACAUUUGUCGGCUAUUCUUUACAAGGUGCAGGGAAGUAUGGUGGUUAUGAGUACUUCAAGCAUUUGUAUUCUAACUGGUUAAGUCCAGGUGUCACAGUUUACCUAAUGGCUUCAGCUACCGCUGAAUUUCUUGCGGAUAUUAUGCUGUGUCCAUUCGAAGCAAUAAAGGUUAAACAACAAACCACAAUGCCGCCCUACUGCAAUAAUGUUGUUGAUGGUUGGAAGAAAAUGUAUGCAGAAAGUGGCGGCAUGAAGGCAUUUUAUAAGGGCAUUGUUCCUCUGUGGUGCAGACAGAUUCCGUACACAAUGUGUAAGUUUACCUCAUUCGAAAAGAUUGUUCAAAAAAUAUACAGUGUCUUACCCAAGAAAAAAGAAGAAAUGAACGCAUUGCAGCAAAUAUCUGUAAGUUUUGUAGGUGGUUAUCUGGCCGGUAUAUUAUGUGCUGCUGUGUCACAUCCUGCAGACGUCAUGGUUUCCAAGAUCAAUAGUGAAAGAAAAGCUAAUGAAUCCAUGUCUGUGGCCUCUAAGAGAAUAUACCAAAAAAUCGGGUUUGCUGGGCUGUGGAAUGGGUUGAUGGUAAGAAUUGUCAUGAUUGGUACUUUGACGAGUUUCCAAUGGCUAAUUUAUGAUUCGUUUAAAGCUUACGUAGGCUUACCAACUACCGGCUAG